AUGCGCGGCAUCACCAGCACGGACAAGAGUGGUAACAAACCCAAAGAACUCAUCAACCGGGAGGGAAACAGCGAAGGGCUCACCAAUGGUGUCGGUAAAAUCCCCAACAACAACGGGGUCUCCAUUGUCAAGGGUGAUGAUCACGGGACGGUUGAGGAUUCCAACCUUGGCAUUCCAGAUGCAAGCAAACUGGGAAGCAUUGCUGGGAUCCCAAGCACCUGCUGGCGGUGGUGGUUGUUCAUGCCAGGCUGGAGGGUACGACGGAGGAGAGCCGAAGUAGUUUCAUCGGUUCCUCGGGCACGAGAAAACGUUUGGACGGGUCCAUUCUUUCCGCGACGGAGAGAGAGCUGA